AUGUUACGUGUACCCCCUAGUGGCGUUUAUUUCAACUAAGGAUAUAUAAAAAAGAAUUUGUAACAGUGUAUUUCGAAUUGUGUGGACAUUUGAUUUUGAAUUGUAAAUUAUAAAAUAUAUAAAUUUUUUAAAUCGAAACAUAAUGGCAAGUUCGAGCGAUGCAGAACCAAAAUUUACUGGAUUAUCAAAACAUUUUAAUAGUGUUACUGACCGUGGUAGAGCAAAUGUUGCUUUGUCAACAAUUGGUGGAUUAGUUGCUCUAGGUCUAUAUCUAUAUUUCAAACCAAAAAGUAAUAAGACAACUGAAAAGUGAAUUCAAGAUUACAUGCAAUAGAUACAGGCAUACAAUAGUUAUGUAAUAAUUAUUCGUGCAUUAUUUUAUUCUUAUUAGAAAUAAAUAAUUAUCAAUAUCUUAA